UUGACUAUGCAAGACCUAAAACUCUUUUUAAACGAAGUAUGAAGCUAAAGUAACUCCACCAAUUCAUGAAAAAGAAAAGAAAAUUAAUUAUAGAGAGAUGUCUAUAGAUACAAUCAUGGAAGAUGGAGAUUCCUUUGUUUCUAAUACAGAUGCAAUCAUCUGUGCCGCUUCUGAUAUUUCAGGUUGGACUCAAAGCCUGAUCUCAGACCCCAAUAUUCCGAAUUCGUCAAACUCGAUGAGUGUAGACGACGACCACCACCAGCAGAUUUCGACUGCUGCUGGCGGCGGUACUGAUGAUUUGAUGAUUAUAUCAUCAUGUGCAUCUUCCAGCAUGCCUAAGAAUAAUGACAAGCAAAGCGAUCAAGAGAUCAAAAUAUUUAAUGUUGAUUUUAGAGCAUUUUCUGGGGCUGCUGUAGUAUAUUCACCUUCUUCUUCUUCUUCGUCACCAACUCAACCCCAAAACAAUUUUUUAUUCAGAAGACACUGCAUUCAGAACGUUUAGAUCAGCUUUUGUCCCCUAUAAAGUCCCAAGACUCCCAAUAGCUGCAAGAGAUCGUAGUCAAAGCCAGGGCGGAUCCAGGAUUUAAACCGUCAAACGACCACAAAUGGUAGUUACAAAAUUCCAGUGAGAAGAGACGCGGAAGGCCUAAUGAUAUGUUUCAACAAUGAGAUCUUUGAUCCCUCAGACCAAGACGCGGAAACGUUCAUGCUUUCUUUCAAACGCAGUAUUUUACUACAACCAAAAAAAGAAAUCAUUUAAGAAAUAAGGAAUAAUUGCAGGUGGAAACCAACUUGUUAUAGUUGCCUAAAUAAUUGCAGUGUUGUAGACAAAAGUACUUACUGGACCUAAAUUCAAGGAGUUGGGCUGCAAAAGUUGAGGAGCACACACCAGAAGCUGCUGAUCCUUUUUUGAAUAUGUUUUGGAUUCUGUUUUUAUUUUUUGAAAGUUUGCAGUUCUUCUUUUCUAGUUAACAGUAAAUUUGUGCACUAAGCUCCCGUUAUGUGUAGGAUCCGAAGAAGGCUGGAUUAUCAUACGCAGCCUUAUUCUGCAUUUUUACAAGAAACUGUUUCCACGACUGGAACCCAUAACCUCCUGGUCA